UUCGCUAAAGUAAAAAAAAAACACGGAGUGCAAAGGCGAAUUGAGUUAUUGCACACGCGCAUUUCAAAGUAGGCGUUCCCUAACGGAAAUAUGCCGAUGUUGGCUAGAACGCGCCAAUAGGAUCUCGCUAGCUCGUGCUUGGCUCUACCCACUAUGACUAAUUUGUUGCCAUUAGAAACGACAGGCUGUGGUUUUGGUUAUAAAUAUACAUAUAUACAUGUCCACCUUUAAUUAACUAGGCAAGUCCGUUAAGAACAAAUUCUUAUUUACAAUGACAGCCUACCCCGGCCAAUGCUGGGCCAAUUGUACGCUGCCCUAUGGGACUCCCAAUCACGUGAUACAGCCUGGAUUCGAACCAGGGCCUGUGGUGACGCCUCUAACACUGAGAUGCAGUGCCUUAGACCGCUGCGCCACUCAGGACUCCAGGUAUGAAUGCAAUGACUUCUGCAGAGGACAUAUCGCUGUAAAUGCUGCAUGGCCAAUGCAGACAUCGGAUUGACCAUGCAGAGUUUGGCUAAAACGCUACAAGGAAGCAGCCACGCAAAACGGUCUUGAGUGGCAACCAAUCUGCCCAAUUAGCUGUUAGAUUUACGCUUUUGUUGAUCCUCCCGCUUAUUUCGCAACGCCCACUUUCAGACACGCUCAAUGUAUGCAGUUACCCGUGACUCCUAGCAAGCAAACUUGGUGCAUAGGCCACAGCACCACCCGAGUGAUACUGCCAAACAAACCGUGACUACAUGGUAUUUGGUGAGACGAUCCAAUCAGAUCUUGUCCACCACACCACCAGCGGGAGAGCCUUACCUGGGACAACACAUCAGAAUCCUAGAAUCUCCCCCUUCACUUUGGGCCAAAAGUGGUCCUCCUUUUGACCGAAUCAUCAAACAAUUCCUUUCGAGUGCUACAGGAGGAUACUCCAGAGACAAUGGCUGAUACUGAGAGGGACAAUCAACACACAGAUAUACUGCAGGUGCAAAUAAAACAGGAGGACGGAGAAGAGCCUCACGAUACAGAGGACCGUCUCAAGAGUUCUAAUACCGGAGAACAGAAGCCUUGUCACAUCUGCCCUGAUUGUGGUAAAAGUUAUACCCGUUCGGAUAAUCUUAAAACACACCAGAAAAUUCAUAUGACGGAGAGGCCGUACCUCUGCUCUGAGUGUGGUAAAGGUUUUACCCGCACAGAUCAUCUGAAAUCACACCUGAAAACACAUGAAAGAAAGAAGAAGAAACUUAAACACCCCUGUACUGAUUGUGUGAAAGGCUUUGUCCAUUUGGAGCAGCUUGAAAAACAUCUGGAAAAAAAUCACCUUACACACAAGGAAAAGAAACCUCAUGGCUGUCCAAGGUGUGAUGAGAGCUUUUCUGACCUGGAAGAACUAACAACACACUUGCCAGUACAUACUGAAGAGCUGGCCCUCUACUGCUCUGACUGCGGUAAGCGGUUCUUACACAAAGGAAAAUUUGAAAGACACCAGAGAGUACACAGUGGACAAAUGCCAUACAUAUGCACCCACUGUGGGGAGGGUUUUACACAGGCACAUAGUUUGAAACAUCACCAGCGAAUACACACUGGAGAGAAACCCUACCUCUGCAACGAGUGUGGGGAGAGUUUCAGACACGAUGCAACGUACAGGAGACACAAGCGCAAACACGAGCUACCACUCUCUGAAAAGAAAGCCUAUCCUUGCUCAGUAUGUGGGAAGACUUUUACCCGCUCCGAUGGAGUGAUGAGGCAUCUGAGGAGGUUUCAUUACGGAGAGAGAGCUCUCCAGUGCUCCUGCUGCGACAAACGUUUCUUUCAACAGGACACACUAACCACACACAUGAGAAUUCACACUGGAGAGAAACCGUACAGUUGCUCUGACUGUGGGAGAAGCUUCUCACAAGAUGGCGACCGAAAGAAACACCAGAAGAGGCACCACACUGGAGAGGGCACUUCACCUCUGACCCUCCAUGUGGACGGCACAGGGACGCACACACACACACUAUAACAGAGAUAUACACACUAACAGACAGUAACAAAAACAGGCCAGUGGGUAAACCAGGUUGCAAUGUAGUUAUUCUGACAGCUUUGGCUUUAUUUUUUGUGUUUGUGUGUGGUAACAUGUAUUUCUCUCUCUCGUUUAAGUUCAUUGGCAAGGCAAAUUUUAGCCCAACUUCUCACUGUUUGUAAGAUGCUUACUGCUCAUUGCAGCUACUUAAGUGAUCAUCUCCCCACUCCAUUACUGUUACCCCUAUUCACCCCCCCACUCCAUUACUCUGUUACCCCUAUUCAUCCCCCCACUCCAUUACUCUGUUACCCCUAUUCACUCCCCCCACUCCAUUACUCUGUUACCCCUAUUCAUCCCCCACUCCAUUACUCUGUUACCCCUAUUCAUCCCCCCACUCCAUUACUCUGUUACCCCUAUUCAUCCCCCCACUCCAUUACUCUGUUACCCCUAUUCAUCCCCCCACUCCAUUACUCUGUUACCCCUAUUCAUCCCCCCACUCCAUUACUCUGUUACCCCUAUUCAUCCCCCCACUCCAUUACUCUGUUACCCCUAUUCAUCCUCCCACUCCAUUACUGUUACCCCUCUAUUCAUCCCCCCACUCCGUUACUUGGUUAUCUCUCUAUUCAUCCCCCCACUCCGUUACUCCUCUAUUCAUCCCCCUACUCCGUUACUCUGUUACUCCUCUAUUUAUCCCCCCACUCCAUGACUCCUCUAUUCAUCCCCCUACUCCGUUACCCCUCUAUUCGUCCACCUCUCUGCCACCUUUCUAUUCACCUUUUCUUCAUUGGUCUCCCCAUUCUCCUUCUCUCUACCCAAAUUAAUCCACAAAAACAUAUUGUUUUUGUGGAUUCAUUUUUAUAUCGCUGAGCUCCUCCCCUUUCCCUGCACCACCCCCUGUCAGCCCCGCGUUAAACAGAUUACAGAGGAUUCUCUGCUAUUAACACGCUGUUGGGACUGUGGCCUAGCAGUGUAUUGUGGUGUCCAGCUUAGCCACACACACCAAACAGAUGAUACAGUAUGAGAGAGAACUACCUCACCACUGAUCUGGGUAGAGGGAAACAGGCAGCGAUGUGAUCGGACAAAGGCGCAGCAGCAAAUCCUUCUUCUAUAGCCUCCAUCUUCUCAUCUUCUAACCUUAGCCUAUCUAUACUCCUCUCUACCUCAACCCAGCCCGCUGUCCCAGCCCUCUGUCCCAGCUGUGCCUCAACCUAGCCCUCUGUCCCAGCCCUGCCUUAACCCAGCCCUGCCCCAACCCAGCCCUCUGUCCCAGCCCUGCCUCAACCCAGCUGUGCCUCAACCCAGCCCUCUGUCCCAGCCCCGCCUCAACCCAGCCCUCUGUCCCAGCAGUGCCUCAAUACAACCCUCUGACCCAGCCUCUAUCCUACUUCAGCCCUCCUCCGGUACUCCCUGGAUCCUGAGUGAGCCUCCACUCCCCCCUGCCCCUCAUGGCAGGUAUCAUGGACCCUGAGGAUACAAUUGUAACAGAACCCAAGGAUGAGGAUAUCUAACCUGAGGAUAGAAUCGAAACAGAACUGGAGGACAGAAUUCUAAUGGAACCUGAGGAUAGAAUCGGGACAGAACUGGAGGAUAGAAUUCUAAUGGAACCUGAGGAUAGAAUCGGAACAGAACUGGAGGAUAGAAUUCUAAUGGAACCUGAGGAUAGAAUCGGAACAGAACUAGAGGAUAGUGUUAAUUUAUCCAGAAGGUUCUGAUGCUGAGGAGCCAGAUGGGAUUCUCUUUGAGUCAGAGGAGCAACAAGAGGGAGAUGAUGAUGAGGAGGAUGAUAACAUCUAUGCCACAUGGAUGGGCCGCUACAAGAAAGCAGCAGAACAGGAGGAUAAAGAGGUGGAGAAAAGAGAGGCAGUGAUAGAGGAGAGGAAGAACAGCUUCGAAUGACAAGCUCCACCACGGGCAGACCGGCGGCAAUCACUACCCUGUCCAGCUCAACUCUCAACUCGCAGCGAUGAUACAGUUGUCUCAUCUCAAUACCACUACUAGGGCCACGUCUCCCGCCAGGCCAAACUCCCUGCAAUGCAUCUCAUCCAUGAAUGAUCCUGGCUGCCCGAUACCAGCCAAUACUGGGCGACGAUCCUCCAUGAUUCCAUCUGCCAUUCCAGAUUAAAAUGCAAACGCGGUUCCCGCAGGCGGAACGUCAUGUCUCCGGUACACUGGCGGUGUGUGUGAUGGUCAGUGUAUAUAGGAGUGGCUGUGGAGGAAGCAGGUGUGUUGUGUGCAGGUGGUACACUUGCCAGAACCACUCUACUGGAGCUCCACUUGGGUUAAAGUACCCUGAGAACCACGUAGAACAGCCUAGAACUGGACCCAACCUCUCACAACUGCAUAUAGUUGGAAAGAACUGCCUAGACAGAACUUCACCGAACCUGGAAGAACUACCCAGAACUGAGGAGAACCGUUGAAGAACUGCAGAAAAACACUCAGAACUGCCUACCGUUGUAAUGAACCUUGCAGAACUGCUUAGAUACGGACAUCACUUAUUUUAUUUAUUUUAAUUUUAUUUUACCUUUAUUUAACUAGGCAAGUCCGUUAUAAGAACAAAUUCUUAUUUUCAAUGACGGCCUAGGAACAGUGGGUUAACUGCCUGUUCUGAAUCUAGAGUGCUGUGAUGAGAGAGAGACCUCUGUAUUCCCCAAAAUCCCAAUAAUCCAGUAUCUUUUAAAAUUGUUUGGGUGAUAGUGUACGAGUGAAAUGUAUGGAUGUUUUUCCAAAGGUUUUACUUAUAAGAAUCGAUUCAACGUGUUUAUUUCAAGAUGUUGUUUGUUUAGUCAAAUAAGGGCAUUUACAUUUUUACAUUGUAUCCCAUCUACGUCUUUGUUUUCCCCUAGUCAUCCCCUAGUCAUUGAAUAAAAUACUUGGUUGUUCUAAUUGUAAAAUGUAUACUAAGUUGUAUCAUCUUUAUUACUGUGUACUACUGUGAGGUUUCCACCACAAAUAUAAGGCUCUGCUGCCCCCUUUUGUUAUUGUGGUACUGCAGUUAUCCCCAGCCCGUCCCGUCUCCGUGGUUACACAGUGGCGGAAGUUAUCGCAAUCCACCUGUUGCACUUCGAACAGGAAAAAUAGCUCGACAAAUCGAUAUUUGGCGUUCUUAAAAACUAAGCCAAUCGAAGCAACGGGAAAGUUCUAGAACUACUAGCUACAUUCUAUCCGUGUCAACUUUAAUGGACAAACUAAAGAAAGUUUUGAGUGGCCAAGAUGGCAACAAUGAUGACGGCGACAUAUUGCAAGCGGCGAACCAAGCCUCCACCCUGGGCUGGGGCACGCGCAUGAAGGGCUUUAUCGCAUGUUUCGUGCUCGGGGUCUUGUGUUCCAUUUUGGGGACAUGCUUGCUGUGGAUUCCAAGGGUUGGUCUUAUUCUGUUUGCCGUGCUGUACACACUUGGCAAUGUUGCCUCUCUGUGCAGCACUAUGUUCCUGAUGGGACCCCUUAAUCAGCUGAAGAGGAUGUGUGCCAAAGAAAGAGCACUGGCCACAGCUAUCAUGCUGACCUGUCUGGUGCUAACUAUGUGUUCUGCUUUCUGGUGGAAGAAUAAUGGUCUAGCCUUACUCUUCUGUAUUCUACAGUUUCUGGCCUUCGCUUGGUAUGGCCUGUCCUACAUUCCAUUCGCUAGGGAUGCCGUGAUAAAGGCCUUCUCUGUCUGUCUGAAGUGAGGCUGCAAACCUCCCUUUCACUCUCCCUCUGAGGGGUUAUGAUGUGUGUGUGUGUUUGGGGGUUGGCUAAAGCCCUCAACUCUCUGGCAAACACAGAGACGCCACACAGGUGUGCUGGAAUGGUGCCCACUGAGUAAACACUCGUCAGCGAAUGCUUUCCAGAGCAGAAGUGUACCUGAGGUAUGAUGUUGUGUAGAGGAAUCUGUUUGUGAGGGAUGCCUUAUCUUAUCUGUGUGUGGUGUCUGUCCCUUUAAGGUUGGUGUAUAUGUGCAUUUUGUGUGUUUUUCUACACUGUGAGUCCAGCUCCUCUUAAUUUACUGUGGGGGGAGGGUCAAUGCACCUCCUCUGUCAUUUCUCUAACUGUAAAUCAAACCAGACCAAAACUAUUCAGAUCUAUAUUUAGGUGCCAACAUGGUGUGUCUUCACUAGUUAGUUGUACUGUAGGUGUUUAUUUACAUGUGUUCACAGUGGACAGCUGACUACUGAUCAUUUCACCAGCUCAGGUCUGGAAAUCUGUACAGUCAGAGGACUUUUUGCACCUAAUCCCAAAUUCACUUACCAGGAGUCUGAAUAUAAGGGCCUGCUGUUAAAUGUUCUUCUAGCUGGAUAGAUAUACAGUUGAAGUUUACAUACACUUAGGUUGUAGUCAUUAAGACUCGUUUUUCAACCUCUCCACAAACUUCUUGUUAACAAACUAUAGUUUUGGAAAGUCAGUUAGGACAUCUACUUUGUGCAUGACACAAGUCAUUUUUCCAGCAAUUGUUUAUUUCACUUAUAAUUCACUGUGUCACAAUUUCAGUGGGUCAGACGUUUGCAUACACUAAGUUGAUUGUACCUUUAAACAGCUUGGAAAAUUCCAGAAAAUGAUGUCAUGGCUUUAGAAGCUUCUGAUAGGCUAAUAGACAUCAUUUGUGUCAAUUGGAGGUGUACCUGUGGAUGUAUUUCAAUGCCUACCUACCUGCUUCUUUGCUUGACAUCAUGGGAAAAUCAAAUGAAAUCAGACAAGACCUCAGAAAAUACAUUGUAGACCUCCACAAGUCUGGUUCAUCCUUGGGAGCAAUUUCCAAAUGCCUGUAGGUACCUCCAUCUGUACAAACAAUAAAUAGUACGCAAGUAGAAACACCAUGGGACCACGCAGCCGUCAUACCGCUCAGGAAGGAGAUGUGUUCUGUCUCCUAGAGAUCAUUGUACUUUGGUGCGAAAAGUGCAAAUCAAUCCCAGAACAACAGCAAAGGACCUUGUGAAGAUGCUGGAGGAAACAGGUACAAAAGUAUCUACAGUUAAACGAGUCCUCUAUGGACAUAACCCAAAAGGCCACUCAGCAAGGAAGAAGUCACUGCUCCAAAACUGCAUAAAAAGCCAGACUACGGUUUGCAACUGCACAUGGGGACAAAGACUGUACUUUCUGGAGAAAUGUCCUCUGGUCUGAUGAAACAAAAAUAUAAUUGUUUGGCCAUAAUGACCAUCGUUAUGUUUGAGGGAAAAGGGGAGGCUUGCAAGCCGAAGAACACCAUCCCAGCCGUGAAGCACGUGGGUGGCAGCAUCAUGUUGUGGGGCUGCUUUGAUGCAGGAGGGACUGGUGCACUUCACAAAAUAGAUGGCAUCAUGAGGUAGGAAAAUUAUGUGGAUAUAGUGAAGCAACAUCUCAAGACAUUAGUCAGAAGUUAUAGCUUGGUUGCAAAUGGACAAUGACCUCAAGCAUACUUCCAAAGUUGUGGCAAAAUGGCUUAAGGACAACAAAGUCAAGGUAUUGGAGUGGCCAUCACAAAGCCCUGACCUCAAUCCCAUAGAAAAUUUGUGGGCAGACCUGAAAAAGCAUGUGUGAGCAAAGAGGCCUACAAACCUGACUCAGUGACACCAGCUCUGUCAGGAGGAAUGGGCCAACAUUCACCCAACUUAAUGUGGGAAGCUUGUGGAAGGCUACCCAAAACGUUUGACCCAAGUUAAACAAUUUAAAGGCAAUGCUACCAAAUACUAAUUGAGUAUAUGUAAACAUAUGACACACUGGGAAUGUGAUGAAAUAAAUAAAAGCUGAAAUAAAUCAUUCUCUCUACUAUUAUUCUGACAUUUCACAUUCUUAAAAUAAAGUGGUGAUACUAACUGACCUAAGACAGGGAAUUUUUAGGAUUGAUUGUCAGGAAUUGUGGAAAACUGAGUUUAAAUGUAUUUGGCUAAGGUGUAUGUAAACUUCUGACAUCAACUGUACAUGCUGAAAAAAAGAAGGGAAGAACUGCUUCAAGUGCUCAUUAAUCUUUUAUAUAAAACGUCUGAGUUAUUUCUUAUUUCAACUCCUUUCCAUGUCUAACUGCUGUUGUAACUGUCAUGGUUAGUAGUACUAUAGACAAUUUUGUGUUAGAUUUUUUCCACAGGUACUUUGGCUUUCAUUUCAGUUUUUUUUAUCAUUUCUGGGCGAAUAGUUUUUUUGUUGUUUUUUCAAUCAUGUUUCCUGUAAACACUACUCUUAACUGUUUCAACUCUUUCAUGGUUUAGUACUAUAGCCGUUUUCUGGGUGGAAUGAAAAUAUCAAUGCUGGCUUCAGCAUGCCCGAGUCACGACCAUUAAAAAACCCUCUCACUGGGGGGCUGUGUGACUUUUAUGUUAACUUGCAAAAAAGAAAUGCCUUACUUCACAUGAUUUAAACCAGGGAAUCACUGCUUUUUAAAAUAUGUAUACUGUACUACUGUAACUCUCCUGAGUGACCUCUGUUUCAUAAAACCCUCCCUAUAGAGGGUUGUUUCAUCUGCAUAAAAACAUGUAUGAUGCUAUUAAACACUGGUUUAAUAGAAUAACAUAUGUUCUAUAUUCAGGAUACAUUGUUUUAGGACCGUGGUUAGUUCGUCUACUUGUCUAAUAUGAGCGCAGGUAGUUACAGGUUUGGAAGAAAUACUUUUUAAAUCACGAUUGUUUUUUGUACCAUCUGGAAAUUCAACACUAAUGUUUUAAAGUGUAACGAUAAUUUAGCGAUGUAGGCCAAUGUAUGACUAUGAAUCAUGUUUCAUGUGUUCUUGUCCUGUUUGUGACACCAUUUUACAACAAAUAAACAUUUUCAAACUA